GAGAGAGAGAGAGAGACAGAGAAGAGAGAGCGCGCGAGAGAGACUCUGUGAGGGGAGUGGGAGAGCAAAAGCGAGGUUAGCUUUAGGGUUUCUUUUUCUGCUCCUUCUUGGUUCUGUUCUCUUUCCUUGGCAUCUCGGACAGAGGAGGUGUUCUCGGAGGCGGCGUCGGCCGAGCAGGGGAUGAGGUAGGCGCUCGCGGGUCUGUGGUGGCGGCGACGGCGGUGUGCUCUGGUCUGGUGCGUCGACCGCCAAGAUUAUGGAAUAGUUGUUGGAGAGGUUACAAGUGAAAAGCAUUAGUGAAUUUGCCACUAUUCUUAUAGUUGAGAUCUAGUUUCAGCGUCUCUUCUAGCCAGCUGAAGUUGUCUAAGGCCUAACAUAUUCCUGAUAUUUGGAUUUUAAAUCAAGCCAAGUGCUUAGUCCAGCUAAUGGAGAGCGUGACAGGACAUUUCCAAUGCAUAGAUACUCAUGAAGAAGUGGAGUUUCAUGAUCAGCAUGGAGCAUUUGGUUUUACAAGUUCUUCAGGAGAUGCUUAUUCCUGUUACCAGAACACCAAUACAAUCCAUGAAGCCUAUAGAGAGCAGCUAAAUAACACCAACACUUUAGGUGGACGAGCUAUGGCUCCCCAUUUAUUCUCUUUGGAGUCUUAUCAUGGUUCCAGUUCUCAUAAAAGCAAAAUGAGUCCUUUUGCAGUAGAAACCCCAGUAACUUGUUCUACUGGUGAUUCUAGAGACUUCUGCAACUCAUUCCAGAAUACAUUCUUCAUGAGUAGAAAUUCCUCAUUUGACUUGACAGAGCAACAAAAUGCAGCCGCUGUUCAAGCUCAAGUUCAAGUGACACCCAAUACCAAAUUUCUAUCUAUUUCUCAUCAUCCAGAAAAUUCAGGUGUGACGUACUUGAAGACAGUUAAUUGCUCUAGCAACAUUUUUAAUAUGCCAAUGAUGGAGCACGGGCUGUCAUCUGAUUCUCCAUCGUCUAGCAAAUUUGCAUUACAUGAUUCCAUUCCCAAAGCAAGAUCUUCAAAUGUUGUCAAAGCUUGCAUUUAUGGUGCAGAGAAGUUACCUUUGCCUUUGGGUGCUCUAUACGGUGGCAAGCCUUCUGGCCUUUUCUCCUCUUUUGCUUCAGAGCAUCUAAAUGAUUUUGUCACUGAUCCUUCAGACUUGACACCUGAAAAUCCUUUAUUAUGUCAUCCUAAAGAUGCUUUAGUGGCUAGCCAUUGUCAUCAACAAUCAGAGCAUGUUAUUGAUGAUGUAACAACACAAAUGAAUGAGAACCUGCUGGGUGCCAGGUCUAUACCUGCUGGACCUACUGGCUACAGCUUGAUUAAUGGAUCAUCUGGGAAGCAAGUUGAGAGUUCCAUUUCAGCUGCAGUUAAUUCACUGGUCCUAGAAAAUGAUAAAGAGAAGUCUUCAUUAUCACCUGUGCAACCACUUUCUGAUAAUGACCUGUUUGAUGGCAUGCAGUUAGAUAUGAGGCCAAAAGACUUUGUGCAUGAGUUGUGGGAUGAUAAUACUGGCCAUAACAGUUGUUCGAAUAUGAGUGCUGAUUCAGAUUGCAUCUCAGUGACAGAGAUGGGCUUACGUCCUCGUGGUGAUAAAGGGCUGUUCUCAGAAUCUAGUCUUCAACAAUUACUGGAUGCUAUUGUCGGUGACCACCUAAAUAAAGCAUCUUCUCAUGGUUCUGCUGCCAAAUAUGUUCAUGCCAUAUCUGGUCCUAAUUUGGAGAAUCAAUUUUCUACGAGUUUGGUUGGACCUUCAGUGUACAGCAAUCUGGUUCCAUCAAUAGGUGUUCCUACCAUAAACGGUACAUCUGGUGUUCUGUUGCCUUACUGUAACUCUGAAAUUGGUCAUGGAUCUCCAAAACAAGAACUCUCAAACACCACCAUCUGUUCAUGGAUUGAUGAUAGCUGCAGUAUGAAUACUGAGAAUUCUGUUCUGAAUCAGCCCAAGAAGCCUGAAGAAGCUGCAAAAGUUGUUAAGAAAAGGGCAAGACCUGGUGAAAGUACACGGCCAAGACCAAAAGAUCGUCAACAGAUACAAGAUCGUCUCAAAGAAUUGAGGGAGAUUGUGCCCAAUGGUGCAAAGUGUAGCAUUGAUGCUCUAUUGGACAAAACGAUCAAACAUAUGCUUUUUUUGCAAAGUGUGACAAAGUAUGCAGACAAACUCAAACAAGCUGAUGAGCCCAAGAUUAUUGGUGAGGAGAGUGGUGUUGUUUUAAAAGACAAUUCUGGUGGUGUUGGCGGUGGUGGUGCAACCUGGGCAUAUGAAGUGGCAGGGCAAACAAUGGUCUGUCCAAUAAUAGUUGAGGAUCUCACACCCCCUGGCCAGAUGCUAGUUGAGAUGGUUUGUGAAGACCGAGGACUCUUUCUUGAGAUAGCAGAUAUCAUACGUGGAUUUGGCUUGAUAAUCUUGAAGGGAAUAAUGGAGAUUCGUGAGCGUAAAAUUUGGGCAAGAUUCCUGGUUGAGGCAAACAGGGAGGUGACGAGGAUGGAUAUAUUUUUGUCACUCAUCCAACUUUUACAACAAAACAGCUGCUUGAGAUCUGGUGAUCUAGCGAAUAAGGUCAUGGAUAAAGGAGCUCCAGUGUUCCCUGGAUAUCAUCAAUCUCCUAUUGUUAGUUCCAGUUAGUGUAUCUGACAGGUUGUGAUGAUCUAAUACAUGCGUUAGCUCUAUAAAUGCUUGAAGCUACACAUGUGUUGAGUAUGGCAUCCUGAAAUCUUGAAGGUAAAAAGUCCUGCUAUCAAGAUGGCAAAUGAUGUGGUCAAACAUACCGUUCGAUGUGUAGGCAGGUAGUCAACCAUGGAUACCGCCACUGACGGUUGAUAGAGUUUGCAGCUGCCAAUGUAAUAUCUAGGCUUGAAGAGAAGGCAUAUUCAUCAAAUCUCAUCAUGUCAUGAUGUGUGCAUUGGAUUGAGAUAUCUAUUGCUUUUAACCAUGUAAAGUCUGUCAAGUCGUCGAGACUCUGACCUCCAGUAAGUAAUCUAACCUGUUUAAAUGAUGGAAUUGGCUGUUAUAA